AAUGCGAAACGAUAGAAAUCACGGUUUCACUAGACUAUGAUUCGAUUUUCUGAACUCGUCAAUGUGCUAUUGUUGUAAUGUCGUGUGUAGUUGUGUUCGUGUAGAUUUGUGUAAUGUAGUGUUAUUAUAAAAUAAAGAAAACAAAAAAAAUAGUAAAACAAUAAAUAUAAAAAAAUAGAAAAAGUCUAAAAGUUUUUAAAAACAGUGCUUAUAAGGAGUUUUGUGUUCAGGACCGUUUGAGUGCUCGUUGGCAGAAGGUAAGCCAGCCACCAAACUUAGAAAUAUUUUAAUGACUCCCUCAAACAUGAUUCCAGACGCAGUGAAUUAUGCAAUGGCAUCACUCUACGUUGGAGAUUUAACGGAGGACAUAACAGAAGCGAUGUUAUUUGACAAAUUUUCGAGCGCUGGCCCCGUGCUGUCCAUACGUGUGUGCAGAGACGUAGUGACGCGUCGUUCCCUCGGUUACGCUUACGUUAAUUUUCAGCAGCCGGCGGAUGCCGAAAGGGCUUUGGAUACAAUGAAUUUUGACUUACUGAAAGGGCGCCCGAUUCGAAUCAUGUGGUCUCAGAGGGAUCCUUCUCUGCGUAAAUCAGGCGUUGGUAACAUAUUCAUAAAGAAUUUGGACAAGAGUAUUGACAACAAAGCUUUGUACGAUACUUUCUCGACUUUCGGAAACAUCCUAAGUUGUAAAAUUGCCCAGGACGAAUCUAGUAAUUCCAGGGGCUACGGUUUUGUGCACUUUGAAACCGAGGAAGCUGCGAAAAAAGCUAUUGAGAAGGUAAAUGGAAUGUUGCUGAAUGGCAAGAAGGUGUUUGUAGGAAAGUUUCUGUCACGAAAACAACGCGAUAAGGAUUUGGGCGACAGAGUUAAGUCAUUCACAAACGUGUAUGUCAAGAAUCUGCCAGACGAUUUCAAUGAUGAUAAACUUCAUGCUCAGUUCAGCGAGUUUGGUAAGAUAACAAGUCACAAAGUCAUGCUAAAUGAUGCUGGAAAAUCUCGAGGUUUCGGGUUUGUUGCAUUUGAAGAUCCUAAAUCAGCAGAAGAAAGUGUAACCAAGUUGAAUGGCGUUGCGUUAAUAGAAGGUAAGCUGCUGUACGUUGGAAGGGCCCAGAGCAAGGCCGAAAGACAACAAGAAUUAAAACGGAAGUUUGAGCAAAUCAAAACUGAACGCCUGAUUCGGUACCAGGGGGUUAACCUGUACUUGAAAAACUUGGACGACAACAUUGACGAUGAGCGCCUUCGCAAAGAGUUCAGUGUCUAUGGCACCAUUACUAGCGCCAAGGUGAUGAUGGACGAUGGCCGCAGCCGGGGGUUUGGCUUUGUGUGCUUCUCGUCACCGGAGGAGGCAACGAAGGCGGUGACAGAAAUGAACGGCCGCAUCAUGGGGUCGAAGCCGCUGUAUGUGGCACUGGCCCAGCGCAAGGAGGAGCGACGGGCUCACCUGGCAUCACAGUACCAACAGCGUGCUGACAACUUCCGCAUACACCAGAUAGGGCCACACUUCUACCCGCCGAGCAACACCGCAGGCUACUUCGUUCCCGCUCUACCCCAGCCGCAGCGGUUUUUCGGACCAGGUGCAGCGCGUGGGACUCCGCGGUGGUCGGCCCCUCCGCCGCCCGCACGCCCGGCACUUACAACCGGGUACGGGGGCGCACCAUGGCAUGCACCACAGCGGACACUCCCGGGCCCUCGCGGCAGUGGCGGUGGCUCUGGUUCCGCUCGCCCCAUCACGGGGCAGCAGCAGGCUCGUGCCCCCCGCGUCAAGACACUGAUGCCGGCCAGCUUGACUCCGCCGGCCAGCUCAACUCCUCUGUCCUCGGCUUCAACCCAGGAGCAGAAGCAGAUACUGGGGGAGCGACUGUUCCCGGUUAUUCAGACGAUGUAUGCUGGGCUCGCCGGCAAGCUGACGGGCAUGCUAUUAGAGAUCGACAAUGCAGAGCUUCUGCACCUCUUGGAGCACGGCGAUGAGCUCAAGGGCAAGGUGGAGGAGGCGGUGGCAGUGUUGCUCGCGCACCAGGCCAAGCAGGCCAAUCUGCAGGCCACCAAGGAAUAGUGCACGGCCGCUCACUGGGCUUGUAGAGCAUUGUUCUGCUAUUGCCUGUGAUUGCCUAACCAGCUUUUCAGGCAUAUCGGUUACAACCAUUUAAAAAUGUCUUUGCCAUUGCAAUUUAAAUAGUCUAAAACUUAAUCUUUAUUUGCAAAUAGACUAAAAUUAAAUUGUAAGUCUCCUGUUACAGAUUUUAAUUAAUAGAAGUAUUUGUAUUCAAUGCUUGGAUUCACAAUUGAAUAUGGCCUAUAUUCUCUUUAGUAAUAAUUCAAAAUUUAUUGGCGUGUGAAUACUUUUUAUUGUUAAACAUGUAGUAAGUAUUUGAAUUUUGGUUAUUAAAUUCGUGUAAUAAGUUUUGGUGAGUUACAUGUUUUAAGUUCAUUGCUUUGGGUUAAUGUUCUGUUUUAAAAUUAGUAUUUAAAAUUUGUUGGUGUUAGUGUAGUUUGUUUGCCUAGGUAAAAAUUUCCGCAUUGUUUCCUUUAUUAUUUUAUCUUGUAGGUGAACAUUCCUUAAUAUGUAAUGAUGAAGACAGUAUCAGUAAUGGCAUGUCCUAAAGUAUGUUUACAUAGGAUUAUGUUAAAUUAGGGAAUUAUGCUAUUUAAAUAAUUUAUUACCUAAAUUUUAGUUUCUGUAUGGUUCCGCAAGCAGUCUAAUUUGUUCAUUGAAUAAUUUAGCAACAAUAAUUUGCUUAGGUUGGAAGAACUGACAUGUUUUCAAAUUGAUACAUUUGGUUCUGCAAGUGCUUAUCUUACCUUAUACUGCAUUUAAUUUAUAAAUGUGCUGAUCCAGCAAAUCACGUGGUGUCUAAGACUUUUUGUGUAUUCAUUUUCCACACAAAUAUGUAGGUAUUUGCUUUGCUAAAGAUGUCACACAAGGGCAUUGCUUGUAUCAUCAUUUAGGCAAAUGUAUCAAGUGUUGAAAGCACUUGAAUUUAUCAAGGUUUUGCUAUAGGAUGUAAUAUGUUUGUCUGGGAUACUUGUGACAUUAAAAUUUUACCAACGGUGUGUUAAUUUUGAAAUAGAAACUUUUGUAUUGUUCUUCCUAAAUUUUAUAUAGAAAUGAGUCAAAAAAAUAUUACAAUACUUGUCAGUAUUGUAGAAAUGUUAGUUCAUGCCAAAACUGUUGGCCCUUAAAAAAAAAAAGAGAAAAAUUAUUAAAAUUAAAAAAAAAUAAGAAAAAAGUUGUUGUUGCAACAAUAAUUGUGCAUUAAAAUUGUAUUUGUGAAAUUUAUGUUCCUUUGUUUGUGAUGAUAUUCUAUGUGCCAUUGAUAAUACUUAAGCAUUUGUUAAAUUUUGGAACAAAAUUAAUUUUUGUAUUUUACAAGUUUUGAAAAUAAAAUAAAUUUAAAAUAAAAA